CCGGCCGGUUUGAAGGCUGGGGCUUCGGUGCUUCAAGCUCUUGCUCCGCACCGGGUUGACAGCAGACUGCGAGGGAGGGCUGAGGGGAUCAAGAUGCAGUUUCUGACUCGCACUGCCAUCGUUUCCCUUCAGCUGACUUUAUUCAGCGCAGUGCAUGGUGCCAAAUGGACAUAUGAUGGACCCCAAGGACAGGACCACUGGUCCGAGCGUUAUCCGUAUUGUGGUGGAGCGUUACAGUCACCAAUAGACUUUGAGUCAGGUCUGCUAAGGUUCGAUCCCACUUUACGUCCAAUUGAGGUUCAGAACUACAACCUGUCUCCAAAUGAGCAGCUCACUCUUGGAAACAAUGGACACUCUGUGCAGCUUUCGUUGUCCCCCAUGAUGUCUAUCUCCAGCCUACAUAACCAAUACACUGCGGCUCAACUCCAUUUCCACUGGGGCUCCGCCAGUCGGCCUGCAGGUUCUGAGCAUACGGUGAACAAUAAGCAGUAUGCUGCAGAGUUGCAUGUAGUGCAUUACAAUUCGGAUAAGUAUCCCAAUAUUUCCACUGCCGUGGACAAAUCUGAUGGCCUGGCUGUGCUGGGUGUGCUGGUUGAGGUUGGGAUGUUCAAUCCAGCUUUUGAACACAUUCUGAAGUUCAUAAAUGGUAUUAAAUACAGAGAUCAGAAAGUGAAGGUGCCUGGCUUCAACAUCAGAGCUCUGCUGCCUACACGUUUGGAUGAGUAUUAUCGCUACGACGGCUCACUGACGACUCCUCCGUGCUAUCCGAGUGUCCUGUGGACAGUGUUCAGGAAUCCCAUAACAAUUUCUCGCAAACAGUUUCUGACCCUAGCAACAGCGCUCUACUCCUCAAAUGCCCAGGACUCAGCCCCUAUGCCGCUGAAUAACAACUACAGGAAAACGCAGCCUGUUGACAGUCGGCUCAUCUUGGUAUCUUUCAAAGAACGCAGAGGACUGCAUGGUACUCUUACAGUUACAUCUCCGUUAACAAGGAAGCAAAUCAUACAGCAGCUACUGGUCGGCGACUUAGGAGACCUGGCUGAUGAAGACCUGCAUAAGCUCCUACCAAGUGGUUCAGAGAAACACCAUGCUGGCAAGAAGAAAGACCUCAAAACCCAACAGAGUGAGAGACUGGCCAAAUCCAAACAACAAACACUGAAUCCAUCCCUUUGGAAGAAAAGCCAGGCCAACCGCCAUGUGGGAAAACUCGGGCUAGCAGAAAACACACUGAGCUACGUCUCACUGGAGCAGAGGGUUUCCCACCAGCUCAAACAGUCCCAUGCUGAGAAUCAGAUGGUUCAGGCUCUCAGAGAUGCAGUUUUCCCUGAGCUUAACCUAAAAAGCUACCUAGAGUGCAGGUCAGACUUAGCUCUCCCUACCAUCAGGUAUAUUCUCCAGGGCCGGCCAACAGAUGAGGCUACUGAGUUAAAUCAUUCCCUGACUAAAGCCAUGAUGAAUCAAAGAAAGACUUCCACAGCAUUGGAGAAAGACUUGCCAAUGACACAAUAUAAUGGUCAUUCCACUGCUACGGUUUCCAGGAAACCACAAAGCCAGGGUUAUCCACAUCCUUGGCUUUUGCCUAUGGAGUGGGAAGACUAGAAAGAUGCUUGGCAUUGUUGAAACUCACAGUGUGACUUUCUGUAGCAGAGAUCAGUUGAGUGUCCCACAAUGACAGCCAAAUUUCCAAGCCACGCCCUGCAUUCUUUUAACCAGUUUAUGCUCUAUGUAUGUGAUAUUACAAUUUUACUUUGCCAUGUGUGCACAUAUUUGUAGUUUUCAGAAACUUUAACAGUUUUUCUUUGUCACAGAUCUUGUUUGUUUGUUUUUUGCACAAAGUCAAUUGGAUGCAAAACCAGUGCCCAACAGUGACUGUCCUCGGUAUAAUGAUAGGACUAUCUCAGUGUGUAUAUUUUUGUCAUGAAAAUAUAUAUAUUAUUUUUUUAAUUUGUUAGUGCUUUUGGUAUCUUUGCCCACGUUUGCCUGGCUGAGCAAUGCUUUUCAAUAAACUAUAAAAAAU